AUGGCCGUCAAUCUCAAGGACAACCAGCAAGCAGAAAUAUUGCAGGUCACAAUUGCUCUAUCCAUCGUCGCGGAUAUAGCUAUUGUGCUCCGGCUUAUUUCACGGAAACUGAAGGGUAGCUAUGCUUUGGAUGACAUUCUGGCUGUCAUUGGGUUGGUUAUUUCGUGGGGAUGUCUUGGCUUGGGGAUUUACAUGGUGAAAAUUGGUGUUGGAAAGCACACGCAGCUCUCCUCUCCGAAAGAUCAAGAAAAUUUCUUCAAGGCUCUCAUGGCAUACGAGAUCGUUUACUUUGCAACCCUUUCGGCGACCAAGCUCUCCAUUUUAACUUUCUACACACGCCUGUUCCCAACACGGUCGUUUAAGAUAGCUGUCAAGAUCAUGACAGCUGUUGUGAUUUCCUGGUUCAUUGCGACUACGCUGGUUUCUAUUUUCUCUUGCAAACCCGUGCGAGCCUUUUGGACUCACGAGCCCGGGUCAACUUGCAUUGUUUCCGAACACUUUUAUAUCGCCAACGCCGUUCCCAACAUUAUCACCGAUGCCAUUAUCCUGGCUCUUCCGAUUCACAUGGUCUGGAAACUACACACGUCAAAGUGGGAAAGGGUUGCCCUGACAUUCAUUUUCCUCCUCGGAAGCUUUGUCGUCGUCGCCAGUAUUAUUCGUCUAUCACAGCUCCAUCAGGUCGCCAGUGCCGACUUUAUGUGGGGAUUCAACAACACGGUCAUCUGGUCAUCGGUCGAGCCAUCGGUCGCCGUCAUCAGUUCCUGUCUCCCCACCAUGCGUCCAGUCGCCGAGUUCAUUCUACCCCGUCAAUGGUUAUCCCGAAGUCGAAGCUACAAAGGAUCUUCCCAGCUACGAAGCUAUACACACGGAACGGCUGAGUUUGUGCCCAAGUCCUCUCAAGUGGACGAAAUAGAUCGCAUGGAUCGCAUGGAUGCCGAAAACCGCAGGCUAAACAGCUACUGGACUGCUGACACGUACAGCAGCAAUGCUGUACCACUCAACGCAGUCGGAAAGUCGCGCUACAAUUCCACUACCAAAGGCCCUUCAGCGGAUUCACAAGAUAUCCACGUGGAAACCAACAUAAACGUUUCUGCCUCGUCAAUUAUCGACAGCUAUCUGAAAGCGAAUGGCUUUGCAGACAUAUCGUUUGAUAUCGAUACCCCAUUCGAGAGCAAAUAUCCUGAAGAAAUAAGUGCGCUGAGAACUGCGGUUCUCGACGCCAACACAGAGCUCAGUGAUUUGCUCCUAGGUCCCAAGGAGAUUUUCGUUGAAUAUCAGUACAAUUACUUCGUCUGCAUGCGAGCCCUGUAUCAGUACAAAAUCCCCAACGCUUUCCCCGUGGGACAAGAAGCCACAUUUGCCGAAAUCGCGAGUAAAACCAAUUGUGGUGAGGUGGUCGUUCGUCGCAUAUUGCGCUAUGCAAUUACGAAUCGCAUAUUCAAAGAGGUUCGGAAAGGCGUCGUUGCUCAUACAGCAACUUCGAAGGCCUUAGUGGAAGAUGAGAAAUUCCGAGACUACGUUGGCAUGAGGUGCGAGGAAAUGUGGCAAGCCGAAUUAAACACAAUCCCUGCGAUGUUGAAAUGGCCGGAUUCGCAAGACCCAGCAGAGACAGGAUUUUCUUUGGCAAACAACAGCUCGGACACAAUGUAUCGUAUCAUGGGUCAAGACCCGGCUCGCGCACAGCGCUUUUCCAAUGCAAUGGCAUUCCGUCUUACCGGCCCUAGUUUACAGCUGAAAUAUCUGGUCGAAGGUGGACCAUGGCAGUCCCUCCCUUCUGGAGGAACUGUGAUCGAUAUCGGAGGAUCCCACGGCCAUGCAAUGGUCGCUAUUGCUGAAAAGUUUCCCUCCCUCAAGUUUAUUGUCCAAGAUCUGCCCGCAACAAUCGCAGCUCGUCGGCCAAUCCCUGAGAAGUACAACGAGUAUAUUUCCUUUGUGGAGCAUGAUUUCUUUACUCCACAGCCCAUCAAGAAUGCCGAUGUCUACCUCUUCCGGUGGAUUUUCCACAACUGGGCUGACAUCCAUUGCAUUCGCAUCUUAAAGAAUUUAGUACCUGCUCUUGGGCCCAACUCCAAGGUUGUUGUAAGCGAGAUAUGUUUGCCAGAGCCAAAUACCAUGGACGCCAGGCAAGAGAGGAAACUCCGGGCCAUGGACGUGGCUAUGAUGACACUCCAGAAUGCCCAGGAGCGUGACAAGGACGAGUGGAUCAGUCUCUUCAAGCGUGCCGACGAGAGGUUCAGCUUCGCUGGAGUAACACAACCUGAGGGCUCUGACCUUGCUGUUAUUGUGUUUACUUGGAACGAGACUGAAAAUUAG